GACAGCACACCACGGAAAACUCAAUUGCGCAAUAUUAGCAAGCCAAAAACUCAAGGUUCACCAAGUGGUGUGUAUCAUUUGGUCUCAGGGGUAAUUUUCACAGGCAGGAGCUGACCUUUUCUCAAGGAAUCACUGAACAUAAGACAAAAUGGGAGACUGGGGAUUUCUCUCAGCUUUACUGGACAAGGUACAGUCUCACUCCACAGUCAUUGGCAAGGUAUGGAUGAGUGUGCUCUUCAUCUUCAGGAUCCUGGUGUUGAGUGCUGGAGCAGAGAGUGUGUGGUCAGAUGAACAGUCAAGUAUGAUCUGUAACACAUUACAACCUGGUUGUGAGAAUGUGUGUUAUGACUGGAAGUUCCCCAUUUCACACAUCCGUUUCUGGGUGAUGCAGAUCAUUUUUGUGUCCACUCCAACUCUGGUCUACCUGGGCCAUGCCAUGACUGUCAUCCACAAAGAGAAGAAACUGAGGGAACUGAUACAGAGCCACGCUGAGCGUGGAAUGGUGAAGUCACCCAAAUAUACAGACGAGAGGGGCAAGGUCAACAUCAGAGGCAAUUUGCUGUGCAGUUACUUGUCCCAGCUGUUUGUCAAAAUUAUCUUAGAGCUUGCUUUCAUCAUAGGCCAGUAUUACUUGUACGGUUUCGUGAUGAUCCCUCAGUUUGACUGCUCUAGAGAUCCUUGUCCCUACACUGUGAUGUGCUACAUGUCGAGACCUACAGAGAAAACUGUCUUCAUAAUCUUCAUGCUGGUGGUGGCAUGCGUGUCUCUGCUUUUGAAUGUGAUCGAGAUCUUUUACCUGCUGUGCACCAGAGUGAGAUGUGGCUCCAACAGGCACCGCUCACAUAACAUGACCUCACCCUCCAACCCUGCUACUCUGCCCCCACCCUGGCAAGCCGACGACUCGCUCAAGCACAACAAGCUUAACAUGCAGCUGGAGAGUGGACAGAGUCUUGGGGGAAGUCUGGACGGAGCUAAAGAGGAAAAACAUUUGCUGGGGGACCACUAGAAUUUUUUGAGCAAAAGGAAGAAAAAAAAAUGGUUUGUGCUUUGUCAAGUCAUUAUUGUAAACUUCCUAAAACACACAUAAGAUGAUAUGCUGUGAAGGGGUUUGUUAAUGCCAUGAAUCAAACCCCUUUAUGGUGAAAUGAAUAAUUUAAAGAGAAAGCCUUUUUUACAGAACUUUAUUGGUCCGAUUGUUAAUUUUUUUAAUUGUGCAAUGCACUGGGUGUAUAUUACAUUUCUCCACGUCUGCACAGUUGUGGAGAUCUUUAUGUAUUUGUAUAUAUGGCUAUAUAUCACUUGUGUGUCUCCACAAAAAUAGCAUUUUUUUGUUUAUUAAUUUUGCUGUUUGAAGUUGUUCAGUUUUCUCAUGUGAUGACCACGUGACGUUUUGGAGAAAUAAAGGUAUUAUUUUAAACUCUACUGUCACUUCCGAUUGCGAAAUCAACGUAAACCGUUACUGUAUUUUGAUGUCUCUGUUCAGAAUAAAUAAGUCA